AUGGCCGCGUAUUCCCCCCUCCCAACAGACGAGAAGUCCCCAGCAGCGUUGUCGUCCAACUCGGAAUCCUCUACUCGACGAAAGAUGAUACCAGCACGGCGGUUGGCAUUCGGCCUUUUGGUCAUGAUGGUUGCAGCCUUUGGCCUGACCACAGCGUCCUUGACUGAAAGACAGCCUAGUAGUGGUGGUGAUCAGGAGAGCAGCAUGGUGCAAUCGGAUUCUGGAUUCUCGAAGAUGCUGAGCUCGGCAUCACCGGAUUGUAUUCACCAGCUGCUUCACACUUACUUCCCGGACACCUUCAAGGAUGGACAUGACGACGACUCCCUUUCCUCAUCACUAGGAGAGCUGGCAAAGCGUCAGAACAGCAGCUCGACCGCAAACUCUGGUGCCGCAACUGUCACCUCUUCGGGUGCUUCUACUACUGCUGCCACUUCGGAUGACACCACUUCCGCCACCGUUGCAGAGGAGAGUACAACAACACCAACUGGAAAGACCACCACCACUACGGCUCAGGGAACCGUACAAGUCGAGACAACUACUGCUCAGGAGACGACUACCGCCAAGGAGACGACAACUGUCGAGACCACAGCUGAUGGAACGACAGUGGAGGUCACCACCACCAACGAGCCGACUACUACAACUACAUCCACGACCACGCCAACUGCUGCUGGGACGACUACACCGACUGGUACGUCUACUCAAAUUACUUCUUCAACCACUUCAAGUCGUUCCAGUACAACGACAUUACUUUCUUCAUCUACCACUUCUUCUUCUAUCGAGACCUCUUCUUCAAGUUCGUCUUCCACUUCUACGUCUUCCUCCACCUCUUCUCAAACUAGCUCUUCAUCGACCUCAACAUCCACUACUUCUACUACUUCUUCCACCACCACUUCCACAACCUCUAGCACCGCGGGCACUACCUUGGUGACUACUCCAUCGUCCAGCAAGACGACUGCCAAGGCCACCACUACUUCGUUCCACACUUCAACCUUCACUUCCACUUCUACCAUGCCAAAUGGUGCGGUCACUACCCUGACCUCUACCUAUGUUGUGGACGCUGCGUCGUCGUCGACUGCGGCAGCUACGACAAGCGAGAGUGCUGGUCAACUGCAAACUGGAUCUUAUGCUCCGAAUAUGCAAAUCCCCAUCCUCGAGGUGGUCAUUGCAGCUGCAAUUGGCUUUGCUGGCUUCCUCGCAUAA